AUGAGUACGGGCGGGGUGCACUCGGGGCUCUUCACCCUUCACUUCACGUUUUUUGCCAACUCCGCGACGGAUGAUGAGCGAUUACUGCACACGGGUCGGAAGGCUGGUACGAAGUCUUCAGGUGAGUUUGGUGACUGGCAUGUGUUAUUGCGCUUUGCAGUAGAGGAUGAAGUGAUCUCUGUACGUCAUCAAGGCAAAAUAUUCGCCAUGAGUGAUGAAUGUUGCGAAGGUAGCAGUGGAGAGGAACCGGUAGUGAUCCCUGGGCUAGGCCGAAUUCCCCGCCCACUGAAGGACCGUUACGCAACCGUGGUGAUGCGCAGUCACUAUCACUGGCAGCUCAACGAGCCCUGCCGUUUUGACGUCCACUUCGACCAGCUCGAGGGACGUAUUGUGGGUUCUACGGAGCCGAUGCUGUCUGACGUGACAGUGAGUUGUGAGGGCUAUACCGCCUACGGUUGGUACAUGGGUGAGGCAACUGUCACCGUAGGUGGAUCCCCAUAUGCCAUGCAGCAGCAACUGCGUUUUGUGCUUACACCAUACAUUGGUCCCCAGUGCACCAUGUGUCUCGAUCCCGUCUAUGCUCAGGGGUACACAUGCGCGGAGUGUGGUGGCGUUGAGUAUUGCUCAAGAGCAUGUCAGUUAGCCCACAUGAGCGGUGGCCACGGUUUGCUAUGUCAAACUAUCGGUUGCACAUAUACACAGCGUUCCGGUAAGAUUACCACUGAACUGGAGGACGGGACGGACCUUGUGGCGUGGUGGCGCUGCCUGGAAGAUGCACACUACUCCAUUCUGGUCGAUUAUCGCAAUCCGAUCGGUCAAGCUGUUGAGUUCUUCCUUUGCACACUGAAGCCGGCUCAGGAGGAAGGCAUUCAUUAUCGGUUCAUCGUAGAGGAGGGGACCACGCCACAGAAAGUGGAUCAGGAAAAGUUUGUGGAUUUCGCCUGCACGGUAUUCCGCGCUGUGAGUGAAAAUGCCAUUAGUGAGGGGUGUGCCUCACUUGCAGCUGCGUGUUUGAAUUAUUUAUUUGUUUACAGCUGUAACACUGGGGUAAUUGUGGAGUCCCACGUCCUUUACUACUAUAGCUGCCUGUCUGAAGACUUUGAAGGGGCCAUAUACUCGUUGGAGGAGUACGUGGCGUAUGCUCGGCCAAUGCAUGAACUUGGAGUGGCUUUGAUAGAAUUUGCUCUCAAAAGCCCAACGGCACAUCUCUUUUGGCAGCGUAUGAAGUUGGUGAAGAAUGUGUUCAUCAACUUGUACAACAUAAAUACGAGCUGCCAGGGUUCUGGGAGUAGUGAGUUAAUCAAGGCCAUACCUGGGCAACAACGGGAGACACUUCAUCUUCUAGCGAAGGUGUUCCUUAUUAUGGCAUCGCGCGCCCCAAAGAAGGAGGUUUUGUUUAUGUUAAAGCAGGCUGAAAAGUGCCUUCGGGAUUGCCUUCCAGAGAGAGGCGACUGCGAUGAGGCGGUAGAAAAUGCUUUGGAGGCGCGGCUCAACGAUGGAGACAAGUGUGAGGAAUCUGAAGGUUCUAUGCUAAUGGAUGACAACAUGGAAGAGAUGGAUUCUUCAAACCUUGCCACUUUAUACUACCGGCUCUCCGUGUUACUCCUUCUUUACGGCGAUCCAAAGAAAGCACAGGAGGCUGAGGCACUGAAGGCCCAGGGAGAUUUGUUGAUCGCGAGAAAAAGGCAGCUGAGUGGGCAGACGGUUGGAUGA